AUGAUUUCCCUGAACUAUGAUGAUGGGGAUGGGUUUAUAGCGACUGUGGUUUCAAUGUUUGCCCAGAGAGGAAUCUGCUUUGACUUUAUUAAAAGUUACCCCAAAAAGACAUACACUCAUGAGUUCUCUGACAUGUUAGAGGAUGGAAAUGAACUAUAUGAUGCUAUCAUGGCAAGUACCGCAUCUGCUGUGGUUGUACAAGCUGAAUUUAUGCUGACUAUGAGGUUGUUGUUCUCUUAUCAAGUUACAUCAAAAACUGAGAAUGUCUGGAUCAUGAUAGCUCAGAUGGAUUUCACUUCCACUUCUAUUCAAAGGAACUGGCCUCUACACUUCAUUCAUGGUGCUAUAUCCUUUGUGGUUCACUCAAGUGACUUGGUCGGAUUUCAGGAUUUUGUUAGGGAAAGAAAUCUGGCCACCAAUCCAGAAGAUGGCUUUCUCAAGGGUUUUUGGGAAGAUGCAUUUGAAUGUGUGUUCCCCAACUCCAGUGGAGUGAAGAAUUUUGAUGGUAUAUGCUCUGGGGAUGAGAAUAUAGAAACUCUACCUUCUUCGAUUUUUGACAUGAACAUGAAUAGCCACAGUUACACCGUCUACAAUGCCGUCUAUGCUGUGGUACAUGCCUUGCAUGCUCUAUAUUCAUUCAAAAGGAAACAAACAGUUUUGCCAGAUACAAGUCAACUGGAUCUUCUCCAUCAAGAAUUUUGGCAGUUGCAUCAUUUUCUGAGGACUGUCUCAUUUAACAAUAAUGCUGGGGAGCCCGUUUCCUUUGAUGAAAGUGGGCAAUUGGUCUCAGGAUUUGACAUAAUCAACUGGAUCACCUUGCCAAACCAGUCCCUCCUUCGAGUCAAAGUUGGAAGUUUAGAUGUUCAUAAUUCUGAAGAAAUGAAAUUCACCAUUCAGGAGAAGGCCAUUGUUUGGCCCAUCAGUUUUAAUCAGGUUCAGCCCCUUUCUGUGUGCAAUGAUCAUUGUCUUUCAGGUCAUAGAAAAACCAUGAAAGAAGGAAAGCUGUUCUGUUGCUAUGACUGCCUUCCAUGUGCUGAAGGAAAGAUUUCAGCACAACAGGACGCAGAUGACUGUGUGCCAUGUCCAGGAGAGCAAUAUGCAAAUUUCCAUCAAAAUGCAUGCAUUGACAAAGAGAUCACCUUCCUGUCUUACCAAGAACCUUUAGGAACUGUGUCUUUGGUGUUUGCAUUCUCUUUUGCUUUCAUGACAGUACUUGUGCUUGCUAUAUUCAUUAAGCACAACAAUACCCCUGUUGUCAAAGCCAACAACCAGAGCCUCUCCUACCUUCUCCUCACUUCUCUUCUCUUCUCCUUCCUUUCUGCUUUUCUUUUCAUUGGUCGGCCUACAGUACUGACAUGUCUCCUUCGACAAGUUGCUUUUAGCUUCAUUUUUUCCGUAGCAAUUUCUUGUGUGCUGGCCAAGACGAUCAUUGUAGUUCUGGCUUUUAUGGCCACCAAGCCAGGAUCUGGAAUAAGGAAAUGGGUAGGGAACAGAUUGUCUGCUUCUGUUGUCUUUUCUUGCUCCUUUCUUCAAGCUUCUCUUUGUGCCAUUUGGCUGGCAACCUCUGCCCCAUUUCCACAUUUUGACCUGUAUUCCCUGCGUAAAGAAAUUAUCCUGGAAUGUAAGGAAGGGUCGACUUACAUGUUUUUCUGUGUCUUGGGCUUCAUGAACAUUCUUGCCCUAGUCAGUUUCUUGGUUGCCUACCUAGCUAGGAACUUACCUGACACCUUUAAUGAAGCCAAGUUCAUCACCUUCAGCAUGCUGAUCUUCUGCAGUGUGUGGGUGUCUUUUUUCCCAGCCUAUCUGAGCACCAAGGGCAAACACAUGGUAGCUGUGGAAAUCUUCUCCAUCUUUGGCUCCAGCGCAGGGUUACUGGCUUGCAUUUUUUUACCCAAAUGUUACAUUAUUCUUUUCCGGCCUGAACUAAAUAAAAGAGAACAGCUAGUGAAGAGGUAA